AUGUCUGAAUCAUACGUUCUUCAUGAUGUUAUGCGUAAAGUUAAAGCAGAUGGUUUAUUUGAUUCAAUUCGACGUGAUUUAAUCUCUGAUAUUGAACAAAAGCCAUCCUACUUAGACUUAAAAUCUCAAAUUGAAUCAUUGAUGUCAUCGUAUUUAUCCGAACAUAAAUGGAGUCCAUCAUUAAAAAAAUCUGAUAUACGUGAACGUGCACGUCGUCAUAUAGAAACAUCAAAUUUAAUCAAAGAUACAUUACCAUCACUUGUUAAUCAAUAUAUGCAAACAUGUCAACAACAAUUAAUUCAACCACGUCUUUUAUCAUUUGUUUCUGAUCAUAUUGAACAUGUUUAUAAUUCUAUUGGUGGAACACAUGUUUAUCGUCCACCAACAUCUUAUACACAAUCAAUUCCAAUUCCACAAGAACCUUUAAAAACAGAAAAUAAUAAAUCUUCGAUACCAAUUAAAAAAGAACCAACAAUUCCUUCGAAACCAAAAAUUCCAAUAGAUAAAAACCCUCAAAUAUCGAAUGUUAUUAAAAAACAAAUACCACCGAAAAAGAAACCAAUACCAAUUCCAAAAGAAUCUAUUAAAGAAGAGAAAAAAACUCGUAUUUUAUCACCAACAACUUCACCAAAUGAUUUAGUAGAUAUUUCUCCAUCAUCAAUAUCAAUUGAAAAUGAACCGACACCAAAAUCAUCAAGUCCAUCACCACCUCCACCUAUUGUUCGUAUUGCAUCACCAUUAAAUACAGAGAGUCCACAAAAAAUAAAACGUCUACCGGAAUCGAAUGAUGAUAAUUCUACAAUACAUAUUAAAAAGAAAAAAAUUAAAAUCGAUGACACUCAACAGAAAGAUAUUCCUGAAGAAAAAUCGGAAGAUAAUAUUAACUCAUCAUCAACUACAACAAAUGAAACGGAUACGCGUAAAUUACGACCUCGUCGACCAAAUCCAAAAUAUUUAAAUGAACAAUUUGAAACAGAAGAUCUUAUUAUAUCAGAACCAUCACCACCACUACCAGUAUUGUUACCGCAAUCAUCAACAUCAACUAUAUCUAAAACAAAAAGAUUUCGUCCAUCAAAAUCUUCAACUAGCUUUGAUCAAGAACAAUACGAUACACCAUCAUCACCAGUUCCUUUAACAUUUACUUCAACUGAAACAUCAGGUUUAGCUGGUGAUAUGUCACCGGAAUAUGGAACAUCAUUACCUUCGUUUGAUAUGACUGAAAAGCAGGAAAUUGAAACAAAUGAUGAACAAAUAAGAACACCAUCCCCGGUAACAGCAGAUACAAAAAAAACAACAUCACCAAGACGUCUUCGACCAAGAAAAGCAAAUGAACGAUCAUUCAUUGCAGAUAAUCAAAAUGAAAAAAGUAAUGAUCUUCCUAUGCGUACAUCAUCGAAAACUCGAGAAAGUAGUCGUCAUCGAAUAGAACCAGCAAAUAUCUCGUCGACUAGUGAUGAUACUGAUAUUCAACAAACAAAUACGAAAAAAACUCGUCAUUCAUCCUCAUCUGGUGGUGAUACGAAUUCAAAUGAAUUACCAAAUCGAUCGAUUUCAGUACCCGAAAAUCUAAAUGCAACACCAGCAUCAACAGAUGAAACAUCAACUACGCCUGUAUCGAAAUCGUUUAUUUGGAAACCUAAAAUCUCUAAAUGA